AUGGCCUCCAAGCCGCCGCCGCCACCGGAGAUUGCGUUCGAUGAGAAGUGGGACCGCCUGAUCGACACUUCGCUGCGGCGCGUUGUGUACGGCACGCUAGCGGGUGGCGCGGUCGCGCUGCUGCUGCUGCGGGGCCCACUAACCCGCACUGCGUCGAUCGCCUUUGGCGCGGGCUGCGGCGCGGGGUCGGCCUGGACUGCCUGCAGCAAAGACUUUGCAGGCUUGAUUCCCAAGUCGGACUGA